GCAAAAAAUGAAACAUUAACAGAGUAAGCACACCAGUUUUCACUUCACUUGCUUUGGUGGAUAAAUUCUUGGCUUACAACUUAAUUGUCCUAAAGUCCACCUCAUUUCCUGUCAAAGUUUAGUUGUGUUGCAGAGCUGGCAGAAAGGAAGGACCAGUUGUGCCUCAGGCACAGUGCAAAACUUCAUCCAUGUGGGCACAGAUUUGAUAUGCAAUCCUCUAGUGAUAAUCCUGGGUUAACCAGCCUCUUAUUACUUGCUCCCUCUGCGUCAUGCCAAACUGUUGCCACAUUAUGAACCUUAUCAAAGAAUUAAUGUGAUUGCCACUUUCCCAUGUGUUAUUUUUUGUAAUAGUUCAUCACGGAGCCCCAAGAACAGCUGGGUUGAUACAGUUUGCAUAAGUGUGAGGGUGGGAUGAUUUCCAAGAAUGGAACUCCUUGAGAAACAUCCCAUGGCUACCUAAAGCUCAAAUUACCCACAAAUCUAACAUGAUUUAUCAAGUGAUGUCAUUGCAUGUGGUUCUGUCUGUUGACUUCAAGGAGAGUGGUAACUUCUGCAGGAGUAUAGGAGGAACUAAUGAGAAAGGGUCAUAUGGUAAAUUAUUGCAGCAACAUUUGCACAAAGAUGAUCAUUUUAAUUUUGGCCCAUUUGUUAAGUUUUUAGGUGAAUCUUAAUAAAUGAUGGAUGUAGGCUGCACCAGCCAAUGGAGCAACAGAAAUUAGUGGGCUUUUUCUUGUUUAUGUGCAGACUGACAAAAGGCCCCACAUCAAAGCUUUCCUAAUGUUACAACUUGUUAAAAAGCAGAGCUAAGUAAGUGGGUAAAAUGGUAACUCACAGUUUGAGGAGCCAGUAGGAAGAUAGAUGCACCUUGACCAAAAAAACAACUUGAGGAAGGGAAGAUAAAACCCCCAUGCAUUACAAAUUUUGGGUCUUGGCUCUACAAGAUUUCAGUAUCUAGAAUCCUGUUAGCAGUGCCAGUGGCAAGUUUGAUUCAUACUGGACACCUUAGGUGAAUGAAGAUGCUCCAACACAACAGAAAUGCACCUGAGAAUACUUCAUUAAAAAAAAACCAAACUAGUUAACUAUUCAAAAUACAGUUAAUUUGGAAAUUUUAUUUAAUAAUCUGGUCCUAGAAAAUAUCAAGACAGUGUCGAGAUCAUGUUUUCUUUCUGGGAGUUAGGUCUGCUGGGUCAGUGCCAGUUCCAUCUCUCAAGGUCUCUUACAUCAUCCUAUAAAGUCUAUCUCUAGCUAACUAGAACAUGCUGAAUGUGAUGACAUUGCUUAAAAAUAUUCAAUUAUAUUCAAUAUAAAUCAUGUUAGGGAUUUUGCUGUCCCCACUUAGCACUGUAGGAUCUUCUUGACCCUGAUGUUCUGCCAUUUGGUUGGUUUUACUUAAUGACUCUUUCCUUUGCUACAGCAUUGUACAGGUCCCUGGAGUGCCUCCACUCCUUCAUUUGGUUUGAUAACCCAGUAAAAAAUAAGACCAGCCACGCUUUCCAGAGAGCAAAGAAACUGAGGAUUUCAUCAGAGAAGGUGCAGAAGUACGGGAUAUGGCUGCUGAGGUACUGUGACCUCUGCGACUGCUCAUGUGAGGUAGAAUCACUUUAUCCUCGUCCUGGAUGGGUUGAAUUAGAUCCUGAAGUGCUGUGGAGUCAAUUUAUUGGUGUAAUAAAAGAGGCUGUACAAGCUGCAGGACUUCACAUGAGGCAAAUUGCUGGUCUUGGCAUUUCCACCCAAAGAGGAACUUUCAUUACAUGGCACAAGAGGACAGGGAAACCCUUUCAUAAUUUCAUAAGUUGGCAAGACUUAAGAAGUGCUGAACUUGUGAAUUCCUGGAAUAACUCCCUUCUGCUGAAGGUAAUCCAUGUUAUUUUUACAGUGCUUCAUUUCUUGACUGGGAGUGAUCGAUAUUUGGCACCCAGUUUUCUUACUUUUUCAACUCAUCAAGCUUCUAUGAAAUUGUCAUGGGUUUUUAAAAACAUACAUGAGGCUGAAGAAGCUGCCAAAAAAAACAACUGCUGCUUUGGAACAGUUGACACAUGGUUAUUGUAUAGAUUGACUAAAGGUUCUGUGUAUGCUACAGAUUACUCAAAUGCCAGUUCUACAGGCAUUUUUGAACCCUUUACGAAAUGCUGGAAUCCCACUUUGUGUAAUCUACUUUCUAUUCCAGUGUCUAUUUACCCAUCAGUGAGAGACACAAGCUUCAACUUUGGAUCAACUGACUCUGAAAUAUUUGGGGUACCUAUUCCAAUAAUGGCAAUGGUAGCUGAUCAGCAGUCAGCUAUGUUUGGAGAAUGCUGCUUUCACCCAGGAGAUGUUAAACUGACAAUGGGAACAGGUGGCUUCUGGAAUGUGAAUACUGGAGAGCAUCUCUUUGCAUCACGGGGAAGUCUUUAUCCACUGAUUGGAUGGAAGAUUGGGGAAGAAGUUGUUUAUUUAACUGAAGGCUCUAUAUCGGACGUCGGCACUGCCAUAAAAUGGGCUCUGGAUAUAGAACUUUUCACCAAUGUAGAUGAAACUGCAAAAAUGGCACAGAGUACUGCUGAUUCUCAAGGUGUUUGUUUCAUUCCAGGUUUUCAGGUUUCUGGGCAUGACCCAUAUUUAUGUGCCUCUUUCAUGGGGCUGAAACCUUCCACUAACAGAAACCAUCUUGUUCGAGCUAUAUUGGAAUCUGUAGCUUUCAGAAACAAACUGCUUUAUGAUAUUAUUGUGAAGAAGGUGCACAUUCCUCUUCGAACUAUUCGAGCUGAUGGAGGUGUCAGUAAUAAUAGUUUUGUCAUGCAGAUGACAUCAGAUUUAAUUAAUAAGAAAAUAGAAAAACCUGCAAAUGCGGAAAUGUCUAGUCUUGGUGCAGCUUUUCUAGCAGGCCUUGCUUCAGGAUUUUGGACAGACAAAAAACAACUCAAGAAGCUAAGGCGAAUAGAAGCAGUGUUUGAGCCCCAAAAGGAUUCAGAGGAAUACAGACCUGCUAUGGAUGCAUGGCUGCAAGCAAUGAAACACUCACCACACUGGUAGAAAUUUGUGUUUAAUUUUAGAAGAAUUAAGACGGUUUAAUUAAUAUUUUAUAAUGUAUUGGCAUUAACAGGGCAGUAAAAAGCCAUAACUGGAAUUUGUGAUGGUGUAUUAUAAGUUGUGUGGUAUUUCAGUUCCCCCCCUGCUGCUGGAUUACUUACCAUAGUGUAAUGAACCUUCCCAUCAUCCCUGUGGCAGCUGUGGUCCAGCUGCAGCAUUUGUGUCCCUUCAGUGACCUCCUUUGGGUGGCCCAGCUGCUCAAAUCCUACCAUGUACUGCCCAUGGCUGUUUUAACUGUGAUGGGUUUUUCACUGAGCAACUAGCCUCCCUCUGGAUCUUUAAAAUCUUGCGUAUGUUCACCAUCAAGGAAGGGUAAAAGAACAUUUACUCCCCUAGGCAUUGCUACAAAACAAAAUGAUUGUUGGGGCUGGGUUAUGAUGAAUUCAAUUGCUUACAAAGACAUUGUUUUGGUAGUAGCCUGUUACCACCUUUUAGUUGACACUAGGCACUGUGAUCACAUUACUUGUGCACUAGAUCAAGAUGAAAUACAAAAGCAAAUAGGCUUUCAGCACUCCAUUAAAAAAAAAACAGGAUUUUUUUGUAGCUGAUACUUUGUAGCUAGCUUGUAGCUCAAUUUUAAAAAAAAUUUAUAAAGACUAAAAGCAAUCUUAUCUGGAGUGGCCAGCACAGAUACAUUACAACUAAUUCCGGUAUGCUGUCUAACUUGUAAAUAUCUGUACUGUUAGUAUCUUCAAGGCCAUUUUAAAAUCCUAUUAUUAUUAGCUAAAAGGGAGUAAAAAGUUUAUUUUUGAAGCUAUAAAUUACUUUUGUAUUUUUAAACAAAUAAAAUAUAAUUAAAUGUGUAGUUAAUUAUUCUUAUAUAAUUGCUUAUUUCUAAUGUUAAAUUAUUGUAAUUUUCUCAGGAUUAUGUGUAAAUCAGCUUCCAAAAUGUAAAAUGAUUAAACAUUUUAAUUUCAGAAUAA